AUGGCCGGUGAGAAGGUGCAGUUUGCCAUCCCCAUGGCCGCCGGCGAGAAGGAGCAGGCCAAGGUGGAGAAGGAGGCGGCACUCAAGGCCAAGGCGGGGUGCGGUUCCAAGAGGAGGGCGGAGGAGGACCGCGAGGAGGCGCCGGCGGCUGUUGGCGUGAAGGUGCAAUGGAACGGCGAGGAUGAGUCGGAGGACGAGCUCUACAAGGCGUGCAUGGCGGAGGACUCGUUCGACUACGACUCGGACGAUAGCCUGGAUGUGUACGCCGCCAAGUACAAGGCGUUGUUCGAGCGCUUCAUAGAGGCCUGCGACGCUCGCUGCCCUUGGUUGGUGGGCAAGAGCAAGGUGGCGAAUGCUGAUGCUGAUGAGUCUCUUUUGGUGUGA